GUCCGACUUCUUCUUCCCCUCUUUCUACCUCUACCCUUCUCUCCAACUCCUCCGUGCGUGGUAUUGCCUUCUCUCGGGACAGUUACAAUCUAUUUGGGUUUCCACUUAUCCCUCGACCUUUUAAUUGUCCCUCUUGCGCCAGCCUCCGUUCUCUCCAACUCCAACUUCCCUCCCCGUCCAUUUACCCCGCGCGCCGGUGAUCGUCAACAUGGAUCUCGUCAACCACCUCGAAGGAAGACUGCUCUUCGCCGUCCCCAAAAAGGGCCGUCUUCAACAAGCCACCCUGGACCUCCUCGCGGGCUGCGACAUCCAAUUCCGCCGCGAGACCCGCCUCGACAUCGCUCUGGUCAAGAACCUGCCCAUCGCGCUCAUCUUCCUCCCCGCCGCAGAUAUCCCGACCUUCGUGGGUGAAGGCCGCGUCGACCUCGGUAUCACCGGCCGCGACCAGGUCGCCGAGCACGAUGCGCAGCUGCCCCGCGGCGAAGUCUCCGGCGUGGAGGAGGUCAUGGACCUCGGAUUCGGCGGCUGCAAGCUGCAGGUCCAGGUCCCGGAGAAGGGCGAUAUCACUGAGGCGAAGCAGCUGAUUGGCCGGAACAUCGUGACGAGCUUCACUGCUCUCACCGAGGCUUUCUUCGCCAACCUUGAGGGCAAGGACACCGCCGAGGUGCGCGAGCUCAGCACCAAGGUGAAGUACGUUGGUGGUAGUGUUGAGGCUGCCUGCGCUCUGGGCGUGGCUGAUGGCAUCGUCGAUCUCGUUGAGUCCGGUGAGACCAUGAAGGCCGCUGGUCUGAAGGCCAUCGACACCGUCGUCGAGACCACCUCCGUUCUGGUCAAGUCCAGGAACACCAAGAACACUCUCGUGGAUCUGAUCGCUUCCCGCAUACGCGGUGUUAUCACUGCCCAGAAGUACGUCCUCUGCCAGUACAACAUCCCCCGCGCCGAGCUGGCGACCGCCUCCGGCAUCACCCCCGGCAAGCGCGCUCCCACGGUAACCGCCCUGGAGGAGGACGGCUGGGUGGCCGUCAGCUCGAUGGUGGAGAAGAAGAAGAUCGCGACGGUCAUGGACGAGCUGACCAAGGUUGGCGCGACGGAUAUUCUUGUCCUGAACAUCGCCAACUCAAGAACGGGUUAGAUUUUCCUUCCCCUCCCUCUCCCUCCUCUUCCCCUUCUUCUCCCCUUUUCUUCCAAUAUCCCUCUUAUAUUUUCCUUUGUUUCUUUUCUUUUUUCUAAUCAAACCAAAAGAAAAAGUAUGAGUGGGGAUUGAUUGAUGUAUUGUGUGUCAUUUCGGUCAUGAUGUUUGCUUUUCUUCUCUUUUCCUUCUCUGUGAUAUAGGGCGUGUUUCACUUUUUCUUACCUUCUUUUCUUUCUCGCAUUAUAUAUUACGUUCUUCUGUUCGGCAUGGACAUCUUUUCUAGAUGAUUAGAUAUCUGGGUAUCGUGGUUGGAAGAAAUAAAAGUAUAGAGAUGUUGUCUACCUGUUUG